AUGGUGCAUGUUGAAUACCGCAACCUGUGGCAUCAACCUCAACCUGUGGCAUCAACCUCAACCUGUGGCAUCAACCUCAACCUGUGGCAUCAACCUCAACCUGUGGCAUCAACCUCAACCUGUGGCAUCAACCUCAACCUGUGGCAUCAACCUCAACCUGUGGCAUCAACCUCAACCUGUGGCAUCAACAUCAACCUGUGGCAUCAACCUCAACCUGUGGCAUCAACCUCAACCUGUGGCAUCAACCUCAACCUGUGGCAUCAACCUCAACCUGUGGCAUCAACCUCAACCUGUGGCAUCAACCUCAACCUGUGGCAUCAACCUCAACCUGUGGCAUCAACCUCAACCUGUGGCAUCAACCUCAACCUGUGGCAUCAACAUCAACCUGUGGCAUCAACCUCAACCUGUGGCAUCAACCUCAACCUGUGGCAUCAACCUCAACCUGUGGCAUCAACCUCAACCUGUGGCAUCAACCUCAACCUGUGGCAUCAACCUCAACCUGUGGCAUCAACCUCAACCUGUGGCAUCAACCUCAACCUGUGGCAUCAACCUCAACCUGUGGCAUCAACCUCAACCUGUGGCAUCAACCUCAACCUGUGGCAUCAACCUCAACCUGUGGCAUCAACCUCAACCUGUGGCAUCAACCUCAACCUGUGGCAUCAACCUCAACCUGUGGCAUCAACAUCAACCUGUGGCAUCAACCUCAACCUGUGGCAUCAACCUCAACCUGUGGCAUCAACAUCAACCUGUGGCAUCAACCUCAACCUGUGGCAUCAACAUCAACCUGUGGCAUCAACCUCAACCUGUGGCAUCAACCUCAACCUGUGGCAUCAACAUCAACCUGUGGCAUCAACCUCAACCUGUGGCAUCAACCUCAACCUGUGGCAUCAACCUCAACCUGUGGCAUCAACCUCAACCUGUGGCAUCAACCUCAACCUGUGGCAUCAACCUCAACCUGUGGCAUCAACCUCAACCUGUGGCAUCAACAUCAACCUGUGGCAUCAACAUCAACCUGUGGCAUCAACAUCAACCUGUGGCAUCAACAUCAACCUGUGGCAUCAACCUCAACCUGUGGCAUCAACCUCAACCUGUGGCAUCAACAUCAACCUGUGGCAUCAACCUCAACCUGUGGCAUCAACCUCAACCUGUGGCAUCAACCUCAACCUGUGGCAUCAACCUCAACCUGUGGCAUCAACCUCAACCUGUGGCAUCAACAUCAACCUGUGGCAUCAACAUCAACCUGUGGCAUCAACCUCAACCUGUGGCAUCAACCUCAACCUGUGGCAUCAACCUCAACCUGUGGCAUCAACCUCAACCUGUGGCAUCAACCUCAACCUGUGGCAUCAACAUCAACCUGUGGCAUCAACAUCAACCUGUGGCAUCAACCUCAACCUGUGGCAUCAACAUCAACCUGUGGCAUCAACAUCAACCUGUGGCAUCAACCUCAACCUGUGGCAUCAACCUCAACCUGUGGCAUCAACCUCAACCUGUGGCAUCAACCUCAACCUGUGGCAUCAACCGCAACCUGUGGCAUCAACCUCAACCUGUGGCAUCAACAUCAACCUGUGGCAUCAACCUCAACCUGUGGCAUCAACCUCAACCUGUGGCAUCAACCUCAACCUGUGGCAUCAACCUCAACCUGUGGCAUCAACCUCAACCUGUGGCAUCAACCUCAACCUGUGGCAUCAACCUCAACCUGUGGCAUCAACAUCAACCUGUGGCAUCAACAUCAACCUGUGGCAUCAACCUCAACCUGUGGCAUCAACCUCAACCUGUGGCAUCAACCUCAACCUGUGGCAUCAACCUCAACCUGUGGCAUCAACCUCAACCUGUGGCAUCAACCUCAACCUGUGGCAUCAACAUCAACCUGUGGCAUCAACAUCAACCUGUGGCAUCAACCUCAACCUGUGGCAUCAACAUCAACCUGUGGCAUCAACAUCAACCUGUGGCAUCAACCUCAACCUGUGGCAUCAACCUCAACCUGUGGCAUCAACCUCAACCUGUGGCAUCAACCUCAACCUGUGGCAUCAACCUCAACCUGUGGCAUCAACAUCAACCUGUGGCAUCAACCUCAACCUGUGGCAUCAACCUCAACCUGUGGCAUCAACCUCAACCUGUGGCAUCAACAUCAACCUGUGGCAUCAACCUCAACCUGUGGCAUCAACCUCAACCUGUGGCAUCAACCUCAACCUGUGGCAUCAACCUCAACCUGUGGCAUCAACCUCAACCUGUGGCAUCAACAUCAACCUGUGGCAUCAACAUCAACCUGUGGCAUCAACCUCAACCUGUGGCAUCAACCUCAACCUGUGGCAUCAACCUCAACCUGUGGCAUCAACAUCAACCUGUGGCAUCAACCUCAACCUGUGGCAUCAACCUCAACCUGUGGCAUCAACCUCAACCUGUGGCAUCAACAUCAACCUGUGGCAUCAACCUCAACCUGUGGCAUCAACCUCAACCUGUGGCAUCAACCUCAACCUGUGGCAUCAACCUCCCUGGCGACCGCCACAGACUUCCCUCUCCUACCAUGGGGAAGGUCCCCUCUUGACGAUUUUCCCCAUCGCCUCACCCUCUCUUCACCCUCCUCCCCUCCCAUUCCCCUCCCCCUCCCCUUCCCUUCCGCUCCUCCUCACCUCAACGAUCUCCCCGCCCACCAUCACGUGGCAGAUGGGGAAGCGCCGCCCCACAAUGCGCGCCCUGGGGAACGACUUGCGGAUCUGA